AUGUCACCUACCAAACCCACAAUAACAAUAGUCGGCGGCGGAAUAGGCGGCCUAACCCUAGCAGCAGGCCUACACCUCCGCAAAAUCCCAGUCCAAAUCUACGAAGCAGCCCAAAGCUUCAAAGAAAUAGGCCUAGGAAUCUCCCUAGGUCCAGCAGCAUACCGCGCAAUGCCCCUAAUCCACCCGGAAAUCCAACAAAUCUACGACUCUCUCAUAACAACACACGCAGACAGCCCAGGCUACGAAGAAUACGUACAAACCUGGUUCGAGCUCGUCUGGGCGACAGGCCCACAAGAAGGAAAUGUCCUAAUGAACCUAAAAGCUCUUCCCUCCGGCCAGACCGCGCUUCGAAGAGCAGAUUUCUUAAAUGCCCUUGUUGACCUCGUCCCGUCUGAUAUCGUGCAUUUCGGGAAGAGGUUAAACAUGCUCGUUGAACAUGAUGAGCGCGUUGUGCUGGGCUUUGAGGAUGGGGAGGUUGUGGAUGCUGAUGUUGUCGUUGGCUGUGAUGGUAUUCGCUCCAGGGUUAAGGAGUGCAUGAUCCCCGUUGAAUCGUUGCGCACGAAGCCCGUCUAUAGUGGCAUGUAUGGGUAUCGGGCUGUGCUUGAGAUGGGGGAUAUGGUUAAAGCUGUUGGGGAGAAGAGGGCGCAUGUUGCGACGAUUUAUAUCGGACGUGGAGCUUACGGGAUCUCGUAUCCCAUAAUGAGGGGCCGUUUGGUUAAUGUUGGUAUUUAUGUGUUGAGUUCUGAGCCGUGGGAAUAUGAGUCUUGGGUGAGGCCGGCGAGGAGGGAAGAUAUGGAAAGGGAUACGAGAGAUAUGGGGCGGUAUGUGAAGGCUCUUGUUGAGCAUAUGCCCGAUCCAUCUCAAUGGGCUAUCUUCGAGCACCCGCCUAUCUCGACCUAUGCUCGCUCCAGGGUAGCGAUUCUCGGCGAUGCUGCACAUGCUUCCACGCCGCAUCAGGGUGCUGGCGCUGGCCAGGCUAUUGAGGAUGCACAUGUUCUCGCGGAACUACUGAGUGAUUCUCGUGUCGGUUCCGUCCACGAUGUUGUUGCGGCUUUCAAGGCAUAUGAUGACAUUCGUCGGCCUAGGAGCCAGAGAGUUGUUACUAGCAGCAAGGAGAAUGCAGAUAUCCUUUGUCUGUGUUUUGAUGGGGUUCGUGACGAUCCGGCAAAGCUAAAGGAAACGCUUGAUCAACGUUUGAAGUGGCUUUGGGAUCUAGAUGUACAGGAUCAGGUCGAGCGCGCGAGGGAGAAAAUGGUUGAGUAUUUGGAGAUACCGGUAACGGUCGAGGGUUGA